UCGAUUGCUUUUGCAUUUGGAAUCACAUUCGGGAUCGGCGUUUGGCAUCACUGGCCUUUUAUUGAUAGAGUCCCUUUUUUUUCUUUCUUUUUUCUUUUCACAAAUCAGGUUACCAUGUCGGAUCAACUCUCGGUGCUCUUCGUCUGUCUCGGCAACAUUUGUCGGUCGACCAUGGCGGAGGGUGUGUUCCAGUCGCUGGCCAGGAAGGAACCGUAUAGCGACCUCGUAGGGAAGAUUGAUUCCUGUGGGACAGGUGGUUACCACAUCGGCGACGGACCAGACGACCGGACAAUGUCGACUCUCGAGAGCCACGGCAUCAUCGACUAUGUGCAUUGUGCUCGGAAGGUCAAUGCAUCAGACUUCGACAACUUUGACUACAUUUUUGCGAUGGACCGGGGGAACCUCGAGGACCUGCAGCGCAUUCAGCGGCGCAAGCCCGACAGCAAGGCGAAGCUCAUGCUCUUUGGCGAGUACUCUGGUACCGGUAAGACCGAGAUCAUCAGCGACCCGUACUACGGUGGUAGGCAAGGGUUCCAAAAGGCGUAUGAGCAGGCGACUCGGUUCUCGAUAAAUUUCCUCACCGAGGUAUUCCCCGACGUGGAGCCUCCUCGGCUUUGAUGCCCGGUAAUGCAGGCGUUUCCGCACGGGGAAGGCGAAGAUACCAAUGGCGUAUCGCUUUCGAAGUGGUCGGUUGGUUCUCAGGUCGCUUGGUCCCUUUCUGGCGGCGCAUGCUCAGCUCUGGUGUUCUCUGAUGCCGAGCUUGCGGGCUGAACCAAACUAGCCCAACGCUGUGUAGCCCGAGGGGGUAACAGUGGCUUUUAUAUUCCAGCUCCCACGCGCGCAUGUUCUAAUUUGGGGCAUUUUACACAUUCCGUUGGUCUCGCACCUGAGCCAGGCUCGAGACGAGCAGGCGGGGGACGAUGGGAGUCGUUCAGCCCCGCACUUUGCCCCUA